CUACAAAUCAAAACAAACUCCAUACAAAGCCGUCCAUACUGGACCAGAGAAAAUAGAAUAGAAUAGAAAAGAAAAGAAAAGGCAGCGCCAGCCAGAACUCGCAGAGCGCAGAGGCGAUUUAUCUCUAUAACCAGCGAUUCAUCAAUUUAUCAGCUUUUUUUUUUAUUGAAUUCGUAUAAACUCUGUGUGUCUCUUGGUUUUUUAUCUCGCAAUCAAGAGAGAGAGAGAUGAUGCAAGCUAUGGUGUUCAACCCAACUUACUGUAGGGCUCAGCAAACCCUAGAUUCUCCUUCCUCUUCUCGCCCCUCCGAGAGUUCAAGUUUUUUUGGCAUCCGGGUCUCGCUUAAGCGGGGGCGUAAUCAGCUCAGGCGCAUCCCUUGCCGUUCCGUGCGGAUUCGGUCGCCUGUCUUGACGCGGAGACUAGUUGUAAAGGCUGUUGCCACACCAGAUUCAGCAUUGGAAUUGCCAUUAACUGCAGAGAAUGUUGAGAGAGUAUUGGAUGAAGUUCGACCAUAUCUCAUUGCAGAUGGGGGUAAUGUCGCAUUACAUGAGAUUGAUGGUAAUGUUGUGCGGUUGAAGCUACAAGGAGCCUGUGGCUCCUGUCCAAGUUCUGUUAUGACAAUGAAGAUGGGUAUUGAGCGUCGCUUAAUGGAAAAGAUUCCUGAAAUAGUUGCAGUAGAACCAAUUGCAGAUGAAGAAACUGGGCUUGAGCUGAAUGAAGAAAAUAUAGAGAAGGUGCUUGAAGAAAUUAGGCCAUACCUUGUUGGGGCUGCAGGAGGAUCUCUUGAACUAGUGGCAAUUGAAGAGCCAAUAGUGAAAAUCCGAAUCACAGGUCCAGCAGCUGGUGUCAUGACUGUUCGAGUGGCUGUCACACAGAAACUACGAGAGAAAAUUCCAGCCAUUGCUGCAGUUCAACUUCUAUCUUAACAAUUUUUUCAGUGCACGUAGUAACAUCCUCAAAAUAAGGAGUGAAAGUGAAACUCAUUAACCUGUAUAAAUAGUACAAUACAGUGUGUACAGUUGAGUUUAGCUGAAUGCAAUUGUUGAAUGCUAUUAAAAUUAGUAGGAAAUUUUUAAAUGAAAAUCAUUUUGUAUUGGCUAUUUGAUA